AGAGAGAGCCAGCUAAUGUGACAGUAAAAAGGGGAGGCGAGGCAACUCUGGUUUGCAGGCCACCGGCCAGUAGGCCUUCUGCCACCGUGAACUGGUUCAAAAACAACUGGUUACUCAGUCCAGCAUCACAUUUCAGUAUCGAGCCAAAUGGGGAUCUCUUCUUACACAGCGUGAAGGAUUCAGACGGAGGAAUGUACUUCUGUAGAGCAACAAAUAGUUACCUCUCAAGGGAGGUCACAUCCAGAAAGGUUUAUCUUGAAGUACUAGCUCCUCCAUCUGUGUCUGUCUGGCCGUCCAUGAUGACGGCUCCCAUCGGGGCAGAGGUGGUAAUAAGAUGCCGUGUGUCUGGACACCCUGCUCCAUUCAUUGUGUGGUCCAAACAGGGGCAUUCAGUGAUGACCGGUGGGAAAAUCACUAUUGGAGUGAGAAAUGCUACUCUCUUCAUCUCCUCUGUGAGAAGGUAUGACGAGGGCACGUACACAUGCAAGGCUUUUAACACCAUGGGUCAGGAUGAGAGGGUGGCUACUUUACGCGUUGCAGUGAGCCCAGUCAUCAUGUUAUUUCAGAAGGCAGUGAGCAGUGUGGUGGGCAGCACUGUGACCUUGCCAUGCGGGGCCAUAGGAGAUCUCCCCAUCACAUACACCUGGACCAGGAGUCACCAGGGGUCCCUCUCUACCUCACUACUGGGACACAUAGACAAUAACGGCACGUUACACCUGGUGGACGUCCAGUGGGACGCAGCAGGAGAGUACCACUGUACCGCUGAGAACCUGGCAGGGCGAGAUCAGCUGAGCACCAUCCUCUCUAUCUCUGCAGGUACAGUAGGAGGGAACAAUGUUCUCUGA